AUGGAAGUGACCUCGGCCAACGCCCCGAGCCUCGGCGCCUCCAACGGCAACGGCAACGGCGUCUCGGUCCCAGCGCCCUCGUCGCCCUCACCGACGCCGACGCCAUUCCCGACCAUCGAGCCCGAACGCGUGGUUGACCACCUCGCUGCCAUUUGCGAGAUUGCCCUGGGCGCAUCGCGGGGCGAUCUGGAGCUGCCGGGCAACCUGCUGCACAAGGCGUCGUAUGCAGAGACCAUUUCGCGGUGCACGCGCUUUGCCAACGAUACACUCAAUGUGCUGUAUAUCCAGAAGGACGUGGUGCAGUCCGGGUCGCUGGAGAAUGGCAAUGAGAACGGAGACGCGGCCGAGCAUGGCAAUGGCGUUGCUGCUCCCUCUACCUACGACUACACUCUUUCGACCGAAAUCACCUCCACACCUACCACCGUCGCCACUUUGAUUUUGCUCAAGGCAUCGCAAGCGAUUGAUCCUUCUCGUCCUCUUACCUCUCAGAUAUUUAUUACUAAUCUACCUGGUCCUGCCUCCCUUAAUGCCGCCUCGGGAGAGCAGGGCGUUGCACUCUCCCCGUGGGAGGUGCUCCAUUCUCAAGUCCACCAUGCCUUGGUGCCAUACUUUGACGCAAACAGCAAGAGCCAGCAGCUGGCCAACGGAUCCAGGGGGCGAGAUAUCGAUGCCAAGACGGGCAUUCCAGUUACCAAGAAGCGCUUGAACGACUUGGAGCUGAGUCUGCUUCACCUCCAGCAGAACGUCGAUAUCCCCGAGAUUUCUCUGGCUUUCCACUCGCUUAUUCAGAAUGUCCUCGAUGACGCCGAGGUCACCCAGACGAAGCCCUCGAUGGAGGCGAUUCCGAAGAAUCUUCUCCAAGACAGCAGCUUCCUCAACAAGCUGCAGGCCAACGUCAACACCUGGAUCAAGUCUAUCCAGGGCAUCACGAAGCUGACCAAGGAAACCUCGUCAAACGCCGUUCAGGAGUUUAGCACCGCCAGCCAAGAAGUCAACUUUUGGCUGUCCAUGGAGUCCGCGUUGGAGGGGAUUGAGGACCAGCUUAGGAGCGAGGGUGUCCUCCUGACACUCGACGUGUUGAAGCAUGCCAAGCGUUUCCAGGCCACGGUCAGUUUCGUCGCUGACACUGGCUUGAAGGAGGCCAAGGAAAAGGCGCAAAAGUACAACCAGCUGAUGCGCGACUUUCCGCUCGAUGAGCUGCUGUCUGCCCCGUCUCUGCUCAAGGUCGAAGAGGCUAUUACCCAGAUUUUUGCUCAUUUGAUGAAGAAGCUGAAGGUGUGCCCAUAUCCCAUCCGGAGAGCGCUGAGCUUGGCUCAAGCUAUUUCGGCGGAUCUAAACGACGUACUGCUUCGUUUACUUCCGGGUACUGAGCUUGUCAACCUGGGCUACCCGGAAUUUCAGAAUGUCAUGCGAACAUGCGACAGCAUUUUCGUUGCCUGGGAGGACAACAUCAAGGAGUUUACACACCUGGCUCGUAUGCUCAUCAUCCGCAGAAACGAGAAGCGUAUUCCCAUCAACAUCGAGAAGAACCACUCUGAGCUGGAGUCGCGAAUCAAGUAUGUCAGUGCGUUCCGAGACAACCACGAACAGCUGCAGAGGACCAUUGUCAACGUUUUGGGACCAAAGGCCAUGAUCCCUGGCGUCACCGACAUCACUUCCUCUGCCAACGCCACUGCUACUGCAGGCGCUGUCAUCGAAGAAAUGGGCGAUGUGGAUGCCGUUGAGGAAGUCAAGCGAGCCUGGGAAGCACUGCAGAAUGUCGAUCUCUUGGAUGUGACGGACCAGGGCAAGGAGCGGUGGGCGCAGGCCGAAAACCUAUACAAUGAGCGCACGACGCGAGUUGAAAACUCCAUCAUUGCGAGGCUACGUGACCGCCUUGCCACAGCCAAGACUGCCAACGAAAUGUUCCGUGUCUUUUCCAAGUUCAACGCCCUGUUUGUGCGGCCCAAGAUUCGUGGUGCCAUUCAGGAGUACCAGAACCAGCUGAUGGAUCACGUCAAGCAGGCUAUCAAUGGCUUGCAUGAGAGGUUCAAGCAGCAGUAUGGCCAUUCUGAAGCCCAUGCCAUGGCGCAGCUUCGCGAUCUCCCACCAGUCUCGGGUGCCAUCAUUUGGGCCCGUCAGAUUGAGCUCCAGCUGGACGGAUACAUGAAAAAGGUUGAGGCUGUUCUUGGACCCGACUGGACUCUACAUGCCGAGGGCCACAAACUCCGGGAAGAGAGUGAGCUGUUCAAGAAUAAGCUAGACACGGGCAGAAUAUACGAUGCUUGGCUGGCUGAUGCCAAUCGGCGCAAAAUCUCAAUCGCUGGACAGCUCUUCAUUAUCAACCGAGUGAGGUCUGCGGGUGGCAUCCUUGAGCUCAAUGUCAACUUUGAUCCUCAAAUCAUCACCUUGUUCAAGGAGACCAGAAACUUGACUUGGCAGUCUUACCUGGUUCCUCAUGCGGUGACUACAGUGUCCAAGGAUGCCAAGAGAGUAUACCCCUAUGCCGUUAGUUUGAUGGAGGGUGUCCGAACUUUGUCCCAGACGCUGCGCCAGAUAUCCACAAUGGGCGAGGAAGCCAUCCUCCUCAACGGAUACAAGAACGAGGUGUACAAGCUCAUUGGCGAUGGUGUCCCGUUGAGGUGGGAGUCCUUUGUCAACUCACAUGAGCUCUUUUAUUCCGAUCAGAGACAGAUCCGCCCCUUGCUUCCUGGAAGCACCGGCUUUGGACCGGCGAAGAACACCGAGAGCAAGCACGGUCUGUUCAUUUGGGGCUUCUCAGCGGCUGUUUCUGUACUUCAGUCAAAGACGGCUACCCUCAAUUCCAUCUACGCUACCAUCGAGCAGGCUCUCAAGGAUCUUGGUGCCUGUCCCUAUGAUGCCAUAGCUUUCCAGUCCUACCUCGAUACUAUCCAGGGUGCUGUUGAUCAGCUUAAUUUGGAACAGUAUGCUAAUCUGGACUUUUGGGUGCGUGGUGUCAACCACAAGGUUCAGACCAUCCUUCUGGAGCGCCUCUCCACCGCCGUUCAGGCCUGGAUUGCUGCCUUUGAGCAAGAUGUCGCCGAGGAAGACAGGUGGAAGCAGUCCAAGGAGGACGAUGGAAAACAAGAUGGGCCUACCAUGAAGCGUCUCAUCCUCGAAAUUACCAUGCGCAACCAAGUCAUUUAUCUUGACCCGCCAUUGGAGUACGCCAGAGCGAGCUGGUUCCUCCACCUCCACGACUGGCUGGGCAUUGUCUGUAACCUGCGCAAGAUCAAGGCUACGCGAUACCAGAUGAGCCUCAACACCGAGGCUCAAGAAGAAGCCCGUUUCACCGACCUCCCUUCUCACUGUGCGGAUAUGCUCCACCGAGUUUACCUGUCUGUCGAGAAGAAGCUCAGGGAAGUGAGCAUCUAUGUCGACAAGUGGCUCCAGUUCCAGUCGCUUUGGGAUCUCCAAUCUGACCAAGUCUACGAUAUGCUUGGCGACCAUCUUCCUCGAUGGCUCGAGUGUCUCCAGGAUAUCCGCAAGGUCCGAACGACUUUUGACACACAAGAAGUUAGCCGCUCGUUUGGCCACAUCACCAUUGACUAUGACCAAGUCCAGACCAAGGUGAAUGCCAAGUACGACCAGUGGCAGCAGGAGAUUCUCAUCAAAUUUGCCAACCGACUGGGCAACCGAAUGCGUGACAUCAACGCCGAGAUUGAAAAGGCGCGAAAGAAUCUCGAAGGCCAGAGCUCAGACACCUCAUCUACCGCUGCCGCUGUGCUGUUCAUCACGGCAGUGCAGAGCUGUCGACGCAAUGCAAAGUUAUGGGCGCCAGAGAUUGACAUGUUCCGCCAAGGACAGUCUACUUUGGUGCGACAGCGUUACCCAUUCCCCAAUGACUGGCUCCACAUCGAGCAGAUUGAGAGUCAGUGGGAGGCUCUCAAGGAGAUUCUGGAGAAGAAGUCGAAGAUUAUGGAGGAGCAGUCUGAUGCUAUGCGAGCAAACAUUAUUGCUCAAGAUAAACUGAUUAAUGAGCGUAUCAACGAGGUUGUGGCCCAGUGGAAUGAGGAGAAGCCCGUAUCUGGAACCAUCCAGCCAGAUGUCGCCUCUGCUACUCUGACCACCUUUGAGACUCGCAUCACUGCCCUGCAGGAGGAGUUCCAGCAGGUCAUGAAGGCGAGGGAGGCUCUCGACAUUCCUGGCAACAAUGAUAGCAUUUUGGAGAUUACUUUGGAGGAAGUUCGUGAUUUCCGAUCUGUUUGGUCCAAUCUCUCCACUAUUUGGACGAGUCUCAACGAAACUCGGGACAUGCUGUGGACUGCUGUUCAGCCGAGAAAGAUUCGCCAAAAGGUGGAUGACUUGAUCAAGAGCACAAAGGAUAUGCCUAGUAGAAUGAGGCAGUACGCCGCUUUUGAACACGUCCAGGGAGUCUUGCGAGGCUUCCUCAAGGUUAAUAACAUCCUGUCCGAUCUGAAAUCUGAUGCCAUUCGCGAGCGACACUGGCACAAGAUUUACAAGCAGAUCAAGCCCCAGAAGCGCUUCUCACCUAGCUCCAUGACUCUUGGUGAUGUCUGGGACCUUAAUCUCACUGCCACUGAAGUCAUUGUCAAGGACAUCAUCGCCCAGGCUCAGGGUGAGAUGGCACUCGAAGAGUUCUUGAAGCAAGUUCGUGAAACAUGGCAGAAUUAUGCUCUCGAGAUGGUCAACUACCAAAACAAAUGUAGGCUUAUCCGUGGCUGGGAUGACCUCUUUGCCAAGUGCAGCGAGAACUUGAACUCACUUCAAGCCAUGAAACACUCUCCUUACUACAAGGAGUUCGAAGAGGAUGCGGUCGCCUGGGAGGACAAGCUGAACCGUGUUCACGUGCUCUUCGACGUCUGGAUCGAUGUGCAGCGCCAGUGGGUGUACUUGGAGGGUGUCUUUACCGGAAACGCGGAUAUCAAGCACCUCCUCCCUAUCGAGUCUGGUCGUUUCCAGAACAUCAACAGCGAGUUCUUGGCGGUCAUGAAGAAGGCUAACAAGACUCCCUACGUCCUUGACGUGCUGAACAUUCCCAAUGCCCAAAAGUCCUUGGAGCGUCUGGCAGAAAUGCUGAACAAGAUCCAAAAGGCUCUUGGUGAAUAUCUCGAGAAGGAACGUGUCUCUUUCCCUCGAUUCUACUUUGUUGGUGACGAGGACUUGUUGGAAAUGAUUGGUAACAGUAACGACACUUUACGUAUUGCCAAGCACUUCAAGAAGAUGUUUGCCGGAUUGGCAGGCCUCAUUAUGGAUGACGAAGGAGUCAUCUCUGGCUUCACUUCCAAGGAGGGCGAGGCUGUCACACUGAACAAGGAGAUUUCUUUGGCAAAGACGCCUAGAAUCAACGACUGGCUCGCCCUGCUGGAAAAUGGAAUGAAGCAGACGCUUGCGGAGCUGUUGGCUAAGGCUGUGGAGGAAUACACUCCAAUUUUCGAAUCUGACAAUAUCGAUCGGGAGGCUCUAGUUACUUUCAUGGAUGCGUUCCCCAGUCAGAUUGUUGUCCUCGCAACACAGGCUGCCUGGACGACAGCUGUCGAAAACUCGCUUGCUGCUGGCGGCCAGACAUUGCAGACUCUUUUUGAACGAGAGGUGCAGGUCCUUCGCGUCCUUGCGGAGACUGUUUUGGGAGACCUCGAGGUCAUCCAGCGCAAGAAGUGCGAGCAGUUGAUUACCGAGUGUGUCCACCAGCGAGAUGUGAUUGAGAAGCUGGUCAAUGUCAAGGCUGAUUCAGCCGGCCACUACCUCUGGCAGCUCCAGAUGCGUUAUGUCUACACUCCUGAGGGCAACUUCCUCACUCGUUUGUACAUCAAGAUGGCCAAUGCCAAACUCAACUACGGCUUCGAGUAUCUUGGUGUCCCCGAUCGUCUUGUUCGGACUCCCCUUACCGACCGAUGUUUCCUUACACUUACCCAGGCGCUCUGCCAGCGACUCGGAGGUUCGCCGUACGGUCCCGCUGGUACGGGAAAGACAGAAUCCGUCAAGGCCUUGGGUGUCCAGCUUGGAAGGUUUACGCUCGUUUUCUGCUGUGACGACACUUUUGAUUUCCAGGCCAUGGGUCGCAUCUUUUUGGGUAUUUGCCAAGUUGGUGCGUGGGGCUGCUUCGACGAGUUUAACCGUCUCGAAGAGAGGAUCUUGUCUGCCGUUUCGCAGCAGAUUCAGAACAUCCAGCUCGGUCUGAAGCAGGGAGCCGAGAACGACAAGUCGCAGAUUGAGCUCGUUGGCCGACAGCUUCGUGUCAAUGAGAACACGGGUAUCUUCAUCACAAUGAACCCGGGUUAUGCUGGCCGUUCUAACUUGCCCGAUAACUUGAAGAAGCUUUUCCGAAGCGUUGCCAUGUCCAAGCCCGACAAGGAGCUCAUUGCCGAAGUCAUGCUGUACUCGCAGGGUUUUGGCCAGGCCAAGCGGCUGUCAAAGCAGACGGUGCCUUUCUUCGACAAAUGUUCAAAGGAGCUGUCAAAGCAAGCCCAUUACGAUUUCGGUCUUCGUGCGCUCAAGAGUGUCUUGGUUAGCUCUGGUGGUCUCAAGCGUUCUCGUUUGGGCGAUGGCGAUCUCGGCGCCGAAGAGAUUGUCGAGCCUGAGAUUCUCGUGCAGAGUAUUCGCGAGACGAUUGCGCCUAAGCUGAUCAAGUCAGAUGUGGACAUCAUGAUCAACAUCGAGGAGGACUGCUUCCCCGGCGUCCAAUACGUGCCUGCUAACCUGCACGCUCUCGAGGACGCUAUUCGUACGCUCGCUGCUGAGCGCCAACUCGUGGUGACGGAUCUGUGGAUGACCAAGGUUCUUCAGCUGUAUCAGAUCCAAAAGAUUCACCAUGGUGUCAUGAUGGUUGGUAACUCUGGCACGGGUAAAUCUGCCGCCUGGAAGCUCCUGCUUGAUGCCCUGCAAAAGGUGGAAAAUGUCGAGGGUGUUUCUCACGUCAUUGAUUCCAAGGUCAUGUCCAAGGAGGCUCUAUACGGUAACUUGGACUCUACCACUCGUGAAUGGACGGAUGGUCUCUUCACCAGCAUCCUCCGUAAAAUCGUGGACAACCUUCGUGGCGAAGACUCCAAGAGACACUGGAUUGUGUUUGACGGUGAUGUUGACCCUGAGUGGGUCGAAAACUUGAACAGUGUGCUUGACGACAACAAGCUGCUUACCUUGCCCAACGGAGAGCGUCUUAACCUGCCGGCCAAUGUCCGCAUCAUGUUCGAAGUCGAGACAUUGAAGUAUGCAACACUCGCCACUGUUAGUCGAUGUGGUAUGGUUUGGUUUAGCGAGGAUACAGUCUCGCCCAACAUGAUGGUGACCAACUACAUCGAGACGCUUCGCAGUGUUCCCUUUGAAGACCUGGAUGAGGAUAGCGUUGCUACAGGCCAAAGCCCGGCUAAGACGCUGGCCGUUCAAGCCCAGGUUGCCGAUUUGCUUACAGGAUACUUGACGGAAGAAGACUUUAUCAACCAAGCCUUGGAGCGGGCUCAGCGAUACAACCACAUCAUGGAGUUUACAGUCGCUCGUGUCCUCACAACUCUGUUCUCGCUGUUGAAUAAGGCUGCCCGUGACAUUAUUGAGUACAAUGGACAGCACGCCGACUUCCCUCUAGAGUAUGAUCAGAUUGAGGGCUUCAUGGCGAAGAAGCUGCUCCUCGCGCUAGUGUGGGCACUUACUGGAGAUUGUCCGCUUGGCGACCGAAAGCUGUUUGGUGAUGACAUUUGCGCAUUUGCCAACUUUGGGUCACCACCCCUUGAUGGCACCAGUUCGCUUAUUGAUUUUGAUGUUCUCCUGCCCCAAGCUGAGUGGACGCCAUGGCAAAAUCAGGUCCCUAGCAUCGAGGUCAACACACACUCCAUCAUUCAAACUGACGUUGUCAUCCCGACCUUGGAUACCGUGCGUCACGAGGAUGUCCUUUAUUCCUGGCUGGCUGAGCACAAGCCGCUCCUGCUCUGCGGUCCUCCUGGUUCCGGUAAGACGAUGACGCUUUUCAGUGCUCUUCGUAAGCUGCCUAACAUGGAGGUCGUCGGUCUCAACUUCUCCAGCGCGACGACGCCUGAUCUUUUGAUCAAGACGUUUGAGCAGUACUGCGAGUACAAGAAGACGCUGAACGGUGUCAUGCUGUCUCCUACUCAAAUUGGCCGCUGGUUGGUCAUCUUCUGUGAUGAAAUCAACCUUCCGGCUCCCGACAAGUAUGGUACUCAACGCGCCAUCUCCUUCCUGCGCCAGCUUGUUGAGCACAACGGCUUCUGGAGGACUUCUGACAAGUCAUGGGUGACACUUGAUCGCAUCCAGUUCGUCGGUGCUUGUAACCCUCCUACCGAUGCCGGCCGUACGCCCAUGGGCGCUCGUUUCCUUCGCCAUGCUCCCCUUGUCAUGGUUGAUUACCCUGGCGAGCUCUCGCUUAACCAGAUUUACGGCACAUUUAACGCGGCUGUGCUCAAGAUUGUGCCCUCGCUGCGUGGAUAUGCUGAGUCGCUCACUCAUGCCAUGGUCCGUUUCUACCUCGAGUCCCAGCAGAGGUUCACGCCCAAGAUUCAACCCCAUUACGUCUACAGUCCUCGUGAACUUACUCGCUGGGUUCGUGGUGUGUAUGAAGCGAUUAAGCCUCUAGAGGCAUUAUCAUUGGAAGGUCUCAUUCGUAUCUGGGCGCACGAGGCCCUUCGACUCUUCCAGGAUCGUCUUGUAGAUGAAGAGGAGCGCAAGUGGACCGAGGAGUCUGUUCGCCGCAUUGCUCUCGAAUAUUUCCCCUCCAUGGACGAGGAGAAGGCUCUUGGUGGCCCUAUUCUGUUUUCCAACUGGCUGUCCAAGAACUAUGUCCCCGUCGACCGCGAGCAGCUCAGAGAUUUUGUGUCUGCUCGACUCAAGACUUUCUGCGAGGAAGAGGUCGAUGUUCCACUUAUCCUCUUCAACGACGUCUUGGAGCAUGUCUUGCGUAUUGAUCGUGUCUUCCGACAGCCGCAGGGUCACUUGAUUCUCAUUGGUGUGAGCGGUGGUGGCAAGACUACUCUUUCGCGAUUCGUGGCCUGGAUGAACGGCCUCAAGGUGUUCCAGAUUAAAGUCCACGGCAAAUACUCAGCUGAAGAUUUCGACGAAGACUUGCGUGAUGUGCUGCGACGAUGUGGCUGUAAGGGUGAGAAGAUUUGCUUCAUCAUGGACGAGGCCAACGUUCUGGAUUCUGGUUUCCUGGAGCGCAUGAACACGCUGCUUGCCAACGCUGAGGUGCCCGGUCUCUUUGAGGGUGAUGACUAUGUUGCCCUGAUGACGGCUUGCAAGGAAGGUGCUCAACGACAAAACUUGCAUCUUGAUUCACCUGAGGAGCUGUACAAGUGGUUUACUCAGCAGAUUGUCAACAACUUGCACGUCGUCUUCACCAUGAACCCGCCCGAAGGUGGUCUGGGUUCCAAGGCCGCCACCAGUCCGGCCUUGUUCAACAGAUGUGUGCUGAACUGGUUUGGAGAUUGGUCGGAUCAGGCACUGUUCCAGGUCGGCCACGAACUUACGCACUCUAUCGACCUGGACAAGAGCAACUUUAACGCUCCCGAUACAAUCCCGGUGGCUUACCGUAGCUUGCAGCUCCCACCUUCUCAUCGCGAGACGGUCGUCAACUCUAUGGUGUACAUCCAUUACUCGCUGCAACGGUACAACAAGAAGCUGCUGACCCAGCAAGGCAAGGUCACGUUCUUGACUCCUCGUCAUUUCUUGGACUUUGUUACCCAGUAUGUCAAACUGUACAAUGAAAAGCGCGAGGAUCUGGAGGAGCAGCAGCGUCACUUGAAUGUCGGUCUUGAGAAGUUGAGAGAUACCGUGGACAAGGUUCGCGAUUUGCGCGUCAGUCUUGCGGAGAAGAAGGCACAGCUCGAGCAGAAGGAUGCCGAGGCAAACGAGAAGCUGCAGCGCAUGGUUGCAGACCAGCGCGAGGCAGAGCAGAGGAAGAACACUUCCUUGGAGAUUCAGGCGGCAUUGGAGAAGCAGGAGGCUGAGGUAGCAAUGCGGAAGAAGGUUGUGUUGGAGGAUUUGGCAAAGGCUGAGCCUGCGGUCGAGGAGGCCAAGGCCAGCGUUAGCAACAUUAAGCGACAGCACUUGGUCGAAGUGCGUGGUAUGUCUAAUCCUCCGCAGAGUGUGAGACUUGCACUGGACGCCGUUUGCACUUUGCUUGGACACAAGAUCAACGACUGGAAGGCGGUCCAAGGUGUGGUUCGAAGGGAAGACUUUAUCGCCAGCAUCAUCAUGUUUGACAAUGCCAAGAUGAUGACCAAGGGACUGCGGAACAGGAUGCGCAACGACUUUUUGUCUAACCCCGAGUUUACUUUUGAAAAGGUGAACCACGCUUCCAGGGCUUGUGGUCCUCUCGUCCAGUGGGUCAUUGCCCAGGUCAGCUAUUCGGAUAUCUUGGACCGUGUCGGACCUCUCAGGGAGGAAGUCGCGCAGUUGGAGGAGCAGGCGCUCGAGACAAAGGCUAGUGCCAUGGCGGUUGAGAAGAACAUUGCGGAGCUCGAGUCUAGCAUCAACACUUACAAGACGGAGUAUGCCACUCUUAUCAGCGAAACCCAGGCCAUCAAGGCAGAGAUGUCAAAGGUCCAAUUCAAGGUCGACCGAAGUGUCAGGCUGCUUGACAGCUUGUCGUCUGAGAGGGCUCGUUGGGAGGAGGGAAGCAAGUCGUUUGAGACUCAGAUCAGCACCCUUGUUGGAGAUGUUCUUGUCGCUGCGGCGUUCUUGGCUUACAGUGGUCUGUACGAUCAGACGUUCCGAAAGAGCAUGGUUGAUGACUGGUAUCACCAGCUGGACUUGUCCGGUAUCCAGUUCAAGUCUCCCAACCCAGUGACAGAAUACCUGUCAAGUGCGGAUGAACGACUUGGAUGGCAAGAGAACACGCUGCCGGUUGAUGACUUGUGCACGGAGAAUGCCAUUAUCCUUAAGCGCUUCAACAGAUAUCCUCUCAUCAUUGAUCCGUCUGGAAGAGUUACAGAGUUCUUGCAGAAGGAGUGCAAGGAUCGCCGCUUGACUGUCACGAGCUUCUUGGAUGACACUUUUACAAAGCAACUUGAGAGUUCUCUGCGAUUCGGUAACCCCAUUCUUAUCCAGGAUGCUGAGCACCUCGAUCCCAUUCUCAAUCACGUCUUGAACAAGGAGUACCAGCGAACUGGUGGUCGUGUCCUCAUCCAGCUUGGCAAGCAGGACAUUGACUUUUCGCCAUCGUUCAAGCUCUACCUUUCUACAAGAGAUCCGUCGGCUACUUUCGCGCCGGAUAUUUGCAGUCGUACCACUUUUGUCAAUUUUACUGUCACUCAAAGCAGUCUCCAGACUCAGUCACUUAACGAUGUGCUCAAGUCGGAGCGUCCUGACGUGGACGAGAGGCGAUCCAACCUCAUUAAGCUGCAAGGAGAGUUCAAGGUCCAUCUUCGACAGCUGGAGAAGCAGUUGCUGCAGGCUCUCAACGAGUCUCGUGGUAACAUUUUGGACGACGACAAGGUUAUAGAGACGCUGGAGACUCUCAAGACGGAGGCGGCGGAUAUCUCAGACAAGAUGCGCAACACGGAGGGCGUCAUGGCCGAAGUGGAAGAGAUUACGCAGCAGUACAGCAUCAUUGCCAAGUCGUGCAGUGCUGUGUUUGCCGUUUUGGAACAGCUGCACUACAUUAACCACUUUUACCAGUUUUCGCUGCAGUAUUUCUUGGACAUUUUCCAGUCGGUGCUGCGGGGGAACAAGAAUCUGGCAAAGGAGACGAAUCACAACGUUCGCCGAGACAUUAUUGUCAAGGACCUCUUUGUCAAUACAUUCAAGAGGACGGCACUUGGUUUGCUGCAAAAGGAUCGCAUCACUCUGGCUAUGCUUCUCGCUCAGGCGUCACCAUACAAGAUGGACAAGUCAAUGAUUGAUGUGAUUCUUGACGAACGGGUUGCGGGUGUGGAUGUUUCCUCUAACCCGGAUGCCAAGGACGCAGCUUUCCAGGAUGCCCGAAAGCUCAGCGUCCUCAAGGAGAAGCUUGAUGCUAUCCCGACCAGCGAUUGGGACAAGUUCUUUACCGAGGAGCUGGCCGAGGCUGUGGUGCCCAAGGUUUGGCAAGAAGGUACCACGGAGACGGACCAGGCUCUUUACUCCCUCUUGCUGGUCAAGCUUUUCCGUAUGGAUCGCUUUGUGCCCGCAGCGGAGCGCUUUGCUACUCUCGUGUUUGGUUCCGACAUGUUUGACAUUGUGGAAGACUUGACCAAGACUGUGUCUCAAGUUUCGGCUACUCUCCCCAUCGCCCUGGUGUCUAGCCCUGGUUUCGAUGCCAGUUACAAGGUGGACAGUCUUGUGCAGAGAAUGAACGUACGCUGCACAAAUAUUGCCAUGGGUUCGAACGAAGGUCUGGCCAGCGCCGACAAGGCCGUCAGCAGUGCCGCAGAGACAGGAUCGUGGGUUCUUAUUAAGAACGUGCACUUGGCACCGACAUGGCUGCAGAGCUUGGAGAAGCGCAUGGAGUCGCUCAACCCGCACAGCGAUUUCCGACUGUUCCUAUCCAUGGAAUCGAGUCCCAAGAUUCCUGUCAACUUGCUCCGUGCGUCGCGCGUGCUCAUGUAUGAACAGCCGGCUGGUGUGCGGGCGAAUAUGAAGGACUCGAUGUCUUCGCUGUCGACGCGCGCGGUUAAGAGCCCCGUGGAGAGGACGAGGCUGUACCUUUUGAUAUCCUUCUUGCACGCUGUUGUGCAGGAAAGAUUGCGAUAUGCGCCAAACCUUGGUUGGAAGGGUUUCUGGGAGUUUAAUGAUAGCGACUACGAAUGCUGUGCGUUUAUUAUUGACGUCUGGAUUGAGGGAGUUGCCGGCAAUCGAACCAACAUUGCGCCUCAGAACAUUCCGUGGGACAUGAUACGCUACUUGGUCACGGAAACGUACGGUGGUAAGAUUGAUGAUGAGGGCGACUUCAAACUCCUUGGACAACUGGUUACGACAUUCCUCACCCCUGCUGCCUACGACUCGGACCACAAGCUGGUAGAAGGAGAUGAUCCGCUCGUCGUUCCCUCGGGCACAGGCCUGCAAGACUUUUUGGCCUGGGUGCACAAACUUCCUGAACGUGAGCCGCCUACGUAUCUUGGCCUGCCGGCGAAUGCAGAGAAGCUGCUCUUGGUUGGCUUGGGUAGAAGCUUGGUUGAGAAUCUGCGCAAGGUUACGGGUCUGCUAGAUGAGAAUGAGAGACUUGUGACGGAUUCAUGAGGAAAAGUUAAAAAGAUGAUUAGAUGAUGAAUGAGUUUUUGAGGUUACGGGUUAUGAUGUUUUUACGUUGUGACUUGCUGAGUUUAUUAGAUGGUGGCUAUAUGUGCUUUCGUUUUCGUUUUUC